AUGUUUCAAGUACGGCGCGGUACGGCUCUGCGCACCUUCACGACGACUGCAAUCCGAAGUCAUGAAAACCCUUUGAAUCUCCCAUUUCGUCCCUUCUCUACACCCCAAAUGCCCCGACGCGGCGGGCCGAUCCAAAAACGACGUAUCGAGCAUGUAAAGAAGGUAAUCGUCGUGGCAAGCGGAAAGGGGGGCGUGGGCAAGAGCACAAUAGCAGUAAAUCUUGCUUUUUCCCUUGCAAUGCUGUCUCAUCGACCGCGAGUUGGCAUACUCGACUUGGACAUUUUUGGACCUUCUAUACCUACCUUGAUGGGACUCCAGCAUUCAGACGACCCACAUUUAACUUCUGCUGGUGCUCUUGUCCCCGUAAUCAAUCAUGGCAUUCCUACCAUGUCCAUGGGUUACCUUGUCCCUCGGCCACCACUCGACUCUACAGAAUUUGAAGGGGCAAUUGUCUGGCGCGGCCUUAUGGUUCAAAAAGCCGUGCAGCAACUCCUCUUCGAUGUUGAUUGGCGGGACGCUUGUGGAUCUGGUCCUGGGCUGGACGUACUAAUCAUAGAUAUGCCCCCAGGGACGGGGGAUGUCCCUCUUACACUCGGACAAUUAGUUGUCGUUGAUGGCGCAGUCAUCGUUUCAACUCCACAGGACAUAACAGGUCUCAUUCUCAACCAAUCGUCCUUCUUGUGUCCUUCUUGCAACACUACGCACGAGCUAUUGGGGACUUCAACUAAUGCAUCGCGACUCGGGAUCCCUCUCCUAGCGCAACUCCCUCUUGUUGGGGGUGUGAGCUGGGGUGGAGACCGCGGCAUUCCAGAUGGCAGGGCGGGAGAGAUGUGGCGAGAUGCGAUGAACGAAGCGGCAAGCAAAACCUGGGGAUUAGUUCACAGCUGA